GAGAAGAACACUGAACUUUGCAAGAAAAGGAAAAUGUUGGAGACCAUAGAUAAGAAUCGGGCCCUGCAGGCUGCAGAACGCUUACAAGCUAAGCUGCGGGAACGUGGGGAUGCAGCCAAUGAAGAUAAACUGAGCCUUCUGAAGUCAGUUCUGCAUAGCCCCCUUUUCAGUCAGAUUCUCAACCUACAGACUUCUCUACAACAGCUGAAAGACCAGGUAAACACUACAGCUCUGGCAACUUCAAAUUCUGACUAUGCCCACGUUCCUCAUCUCAACCCAGCUGUCCUCCCUACGCUGCAAAAUGAAUCAUUUUUAUUAUCUCCAAAUAAUGGGAAUCUGGAAGUGCUUCCAGGACCUGGUAUUCCACUCACCAAUGGGAAGCUUGUAGGUGAUGAAUUUGAUCAGCUCAUCAAAAACAUGGCCCAGGGUCGCCACGUGGAAGUUUUUGAGCUCCUGAAACCUCCAUGUGGAGGCCUUGGAUUUAGCGUCGUGGGGCUCAGAAGUGAAAACAGGGGAGAGCUGGGAAUAUUUGUUCAGGAGAUACAGGAGGGCAGUGUGGCUCACAGAGAUGGAAGACUGAAGGAAACUGACCAGAUCCUUGCUAUCAAUGGACAGGCUCUGGACCAGACAAUGACACACCAGCAAGCCAUCAGCAUCCUGCAGAAGGCCAAAGACACUGUGCAGCUGGUCAUUGCCAGAAGCUCCCUGCCUCUCUCCAGCCCCCGGGUGUCCAGGUCUCCAUCUGCAGCCAGCACAAUUUCAGCUCACUCCAACCCGGUUCACUGGCAGCAUGUGGAAACUAUCGAACUGGUGAAUGAUGGCUCUGGUCUGGGCUUUGGCAUCAUAGGCGGAAAAGCCACUGGUGUGAUAGUUAAGACUAUUUUGCCGGGAGGAGUAGCUGAUCAGCAUGGGCGAUUAUGUAGUGGAGACCACAUUCUGAAGAUUGGGGACACAGACCUGGCAGGAAUGAGCAGCGAGCAAGUAGCACAGGUCCUGAGGCAGUGUGGAAAUAGGGUUCAGCUGAUGAUUGCAAGAGGCACCUUAGAAGAACCUGCAGCCCCUUCCACUUGGGGUGUCACUCUCUCCUCAUCCCCAUCUUCAACACCAGAGAUGCAGGUUGAUGCCUCUACUCAGAAGAGUGAAGAAAAUGAGACAUUUGAUGUUGAACUUACUAAGAAUGUCCAAGGAUUAGGGAUUACCAUUGCUGGUUAUAUUGGAGAUAAAAAAUUAGAACCUUCUGGAAUCUUUGUGAAGAGCAUUACAAAGAGCAGUGCUGUUGAACAUGAUGGAAGAAUACAAAUUGGUGACCAAAUUAUAGCAGUAGAUGGCACCAACCUUCAGGGCUUUUCCAAUCAACAAGCGGUGGAGGUGUUGCGACACACAGGACAGACUGUGCGCUUGACGCUGAUGAGGAGAGGAGCGAAGCAGGAAGCAGAGCUCACAGCAAGAGAGGACAUCACAAAAGAAGUGCACUUGUCAUCUGUUAAUGCUAGCAUAUGCAAAGAAAAUUAUGAAAAAGAUGAAGAUUCUUUAUCUUUGAGGAAAAACGCCAGCAUAUUGCCAGUGGAGGAAGGGUAUCCGUUGCUGUCAACUGAAGCAGAAGAAGCAGAAGAUGCUCAGCAAGAGGUUACACUGCUGGCAAAGUGGCAGAGGAUCAUGGGAAUUAACUAUGAGAUUGUGGUGGCCCAUGUGAGCAAGUUCAGUGAGAACAGUGGCCUAGGAAUAAGUCUGGAAGCCACAGUGGGGCAUCAUUUCAUCCGCUCUGUUCUACCUGAAGGUCCUGUGGGUCACAGUAGGAAGCUCUUCAGUGGAGACGAGCUGUUGGAAGUGAAUGGCAUAAAUUUGCUUGGGGAAAAUCACCAAGAUGUAGUGAAUAUUUUAAAAGAAUUGCCAAUAGAAGUGACAAUGGUGUGCUGUCGUCGAACUGUGCCACCCACCGCCCAAUCAGAACUGGGUAACCUGGACUUAAGUGAGAUUGAGCUAACAGAAAAGGCUCAUGUAGAUCUAGGUGAGUUCACUGGGUCAUCAGAGACAGAGGAUCCUGUGCUAGUGAUGCCUGAUGUGGGUCAGAAUGCCGAGGAGGCUCACACUCCACUGGCCAUGUGGGAGGCUGGAGUUCAGUACAUAGACUUGGACAAAGGGAGCAGAGGCCUUGGUUUCAGCAUUUUAGAUUAUCAGGACCCCCUUGAUCCCACAAGCACUGUGAUAGUCAUCCGAUCUUUGGUGCCUGGUGGCCUUGCAGAGAAGGAUGGCCGACUUCUUCCUGGGGACCGCCUCAUGUUUGUCAAUGACAUUAACCUGGAAAACAGCAGUCUUGAAGAAGCUGUGGGAGCACUGAAGGGAGCGCCCUCCGGGACUGUGCGGAUAGGAGUGGCCAAGCCUUUGCCUCUUUCACCAGAAGAAGGCUAUGUGUCUGCUAAGGAGGAUGCCUUUCUUUGCCCACCACACUCCUGUGAGGAACCAGGGCAACCUGAUAAAGCCCUCUUUAGGACCAACUUGGCUCUGGUAGAUGCUGCUGAGGCUGAAUUAGAAGAACCCAGAUUUGAGUCUCAGUAUUCUCCUGAAAAUGACAGUGUCUACUCUACCCAAGCCUCUGUUUUAUCUCUUCAUGGCAGUGCUGGUAGUGAUGGACUGAGCUACAGCCCUUCCCUUCCAUCAUCUCCUCCCAAGGAUAUUAUGGAAAAUUCUGAUCCAGUACUUGAUCUGCAUAUGUCCUUGGAAGAACUCUAUGCCCAGAGCCUCCUACAAAGACAAGAUGCAAAUCCACCUUCAGUUGACCUGAGCAUGGGGACUAACACUGGCUUUGCCAUCAGUGAUUACACACCUGCAAAUGCUUUAGAUCAGCAGUACAAAUGUGAAAGCACAGUCGCAUGGAGUAAACCUCCAUUACCAAGUGAAGUUACAGCAAAUGCAGAACAUAUUUCUCCUGUGCUGUGUGAUGCAACUGGAAAGGGCUCUGAGUAUUUAAUUGAACAGAGCUCUCUGGUCUCUAAUGCUGAGUGUGUCAUACUACAAACUAUGUCCAGAGAAUCUUUUGAGAGGACUAUUACUAUAGCAAAAGGCAAUUCUAGUCUAGGGAUGACAGUAAGUGCUAAUAAAGAUGGCUUGGGGGUAAUUGUUCGAAGCAUUAUCCAUGGAGGGGCUAUUAGCCGAGAUGGCCGGAUUGCUGUUGGGGACUGCAUUUUGUCCAUCAAUGAAGAAGCUACCAUCAAUUUAACCAAUGCCCAGGCACGAGCCAUGCUGAGAAGACAUUCUCUUAUUGGGCCUGACAUAAAAAUUACUUAUGUGCCUGCAGAACAUUUAGAGGAGUUCAGACUUAGUUUUGGUCAGCAACCUGGAGGAGUAAUGGCCCUGGACCUUUUUUCUUCAUACACUGGCAGCAGAGACAUUCCUGAACUUCCAGAACGAGAAGAAGGAGAGGGAGAAGAGAGUGAGCUGCAGAAUGCAGCAUAUAGCAGCUGGAAUCAGCCCAGGCGAGUUGAACUUUGGAGAGAACCAAGCAAGUCCUUGGGCAUCAGCAUCGUUGGUGGUCGCGGGAUGGGGAGUCGCCUGAGCAAUGGUGAAGUGAUGAGGGGCAUUUUCAUCAAGCAUGUUCUUGAAGAUAGUCCAGCUGGCAAAAAUGGAACUUUGAAACCUGGAGACAGAAUAGUAGAGGUGGAUGGAAUGGACCUCAGAGAUGCAAGCCAUGAACAAGCUGUGGAAGCCAUUCGGAAAGCAGGCAACCCUGUAGUGUUUAUGGUACAGAGCAUAAUAAACAGACCGAGGAAAUGCCCCUUGCCUUCCCUGCCGUACAACCUUUACCCUCAGUACAGCUUCAGCAGCACUAACCCAUUUGCUGACUCUCUCCAGCUCUCCACAGACAAGGCACCAAGUCAGUCAGACUCUGAGUCAGGAAAGGCUCUGCUGGGUGAUGUUCCUCCCCCGGCUGCCCCAGCAUUUGCAGACAUGGGCAGUGGCCAUGCACAGUCGUCUGCCAGCACAGGCUCAGAAGAUGCAGACCGAGAAGAUGAGUUUGGUUACAGCUGGAAAAAUAUCCGAGACCGUUAUGGAACCCUAACAGGUGAACUCCAUAUUAUUGAACUUGAGAAAGGCCGCAGUGGUUUGGGUCUAAGCCUUGCAGGAAACAAAGACCGAUCCAGAAUGAGUGUCUUCAUAGUGGGAAUUGACCCCAAUGGAGCAGCAGGGAGAGACGGUCGAUUGCAGAUUGGAGAUGAGCUGCUGGAGAUCAAUGGACAAAUUUUGUACGGAAGAAGUCAUCAGAAUGCCUCAUCAAUCAUUAAAUGUGCCCCAUCUAGAGUCAAAAUAAUUUGUAUCCGAAAUAAAGAUGCAGUGAGUCAGAUGGCUGUAUGUCCUGGAAGUACAGUAGAACUGUUGCCUUCUACAUCAGAGAAUCUUCAGAAUAAAGAGGUGGAGCCAGUUGUCACUACUAGUGAUGUGGCUGUGGACCUCAGUUCAUUUAAAAGUGUACACCAUUUGGAGCUCCCCAAGGAUCAAGGGGGUCUGGGCAUUGCUGUGAGUGAAGAAGAUACACUCAGUGGAGUUGUCAUACAAAGUUUAACCGAGAAUGGGGGUGCAGCCAAGGAUGGGCGGCUCAAAGUUGGGGAUCGGAUCUUGGCUGUAGAUGAUGAAGUUGUUGUUGGCUGUCCUGUGGAAAAGUUUAUUAGCCUUCUGAAGACACCAAAGACAACGGUAAAACUGACAAUUCAAGCAGAGAAUCCAGCUUCCCAGGCUAUUUCUUCAGCAGUGACCUCAACCAGUGGAGAAAGAAAGAACAGCUCCCAGUCUCCUGCCCUCUCUGAGCUGGACGCGGAGGCCACCAGAAACACAAGUAGGUCAUCAACACCUGCCAUCUCUGCCUCUGACCCUGCCACCUGCCCCAUCAUCCCCGGGUGUGAGACAACAAUUGAGAUUUCCAAAGGGCGAACAGGUCUGGGCCUGAGCAUCGUUGGGGGCUCUGACACGCUGUUGGGUGCUAUUAUUAUCCAUGAAGUUUAUGAAGAAGGAGCAGCAUGUAAAGAUGGAAGACUCUGGGCUGGAGACCAGAUUUUAGAGGUGAAUGGAAUUGACUUGAGAAAAGCCACGCAUGAUGAAGCAAUCAACGUCCUGAGACAGACCCCACAGAGAGUGCGGCUGACACUCUACCGAGACGAGGCCCCAUACAGGGAGGAGGACGGGUGUGAUGCGCUCACCAUCGAGCUGCAGAAGAAGCCAGGGAAAGGCCUGGGAUUGAGUAUUGUUGGCAAAAGAAACGAUACUGGGGUGUUUGUGUCAGACAUUGUCAAAGGAGGCAUUGCGGAUGCUGAUGGAAGGCUCAUGCAGGGGGACCAGAUCCUGAUGGUGAAUGGAGAAGAUGUUCGUGACGCCACCCAGGAAGCUGUGGCUGCUUUGCUAAAGUGUUCCCUAGGCACAGUAACUCUAGAAGUUGGAAGAGUCAAAGCUGGCCCGUUCCAUUCAGAGAGGAGAGCAUCGGAAAGUAGCCAGGUGAGUGAAAGCAGCUUGUCAUCUUUCACUCUUCCACUUUCUGGAAUAAAUACAUCUGAAGCACUAGAAAGUAACUCAAAGAAGAAUACAUUAUCAUCUGAAAUACAGGGAUUAAGAACAGUUGAAAUAAAAAAGGGACCUACAGACUCCUUGGGGAUCAGCAUUGCCGGAGGAGUAGGCAGCCCACUUGGAGAUGUUCCUAUAUUUAUUGCAAUGAUGCACCCAACUGGUGUUGCGGCUCAAACCCAGAAACUCAGGGUUGAAGGAUUUCCCAAAUGUACCACACAUGUUAAGUGCCCAACACCAACCUCACAGGCAACUCAGAGUCUCUCAAGUCGUCUGCAAUACCUCAUGCCAUAUGUUGGGGACAGGAUUGUCACCAUUGGUGGCACAACCACUGAGGGCAUGACUCACACGCAAGCAGUUAACUUACUGAAAAAUGCCUCUGGCUCCAUUGAAAUGCAGGUGGUUGCUGGAGGAGACGUGAGUGUGGUCACAGGUCAUCAGCAGGAGCCUGUCAAUUCUAAUCUUUCUUUCACUGGGCUGACGUCAACCGGUAUAUUUCAGGAUGAUUUAGGACCCCCACAGUGUAAGUCUAUAGCACUAGAACGAGGCCCAGAUGGCUUAGGCUUCAGUAUCGUGGGAGGAUAUGGCAGCCCUCAUGGAGACUUACCCAUUUAUGUUAAAACAGUAUUUGCAAAGGGGGCAGCCUCGGAAGAUGGACGUCUUAGAAGGGGUGAUCAGAUCAUUGCUGUCAACGGGCAGAGUCUAGAAGGGGUCACCCAUGAAGAAGCUGUGGCCAUCCUUAAGCGAACAAAAGGCACUGUCACUCUGAUGGUUCUCUCCUGAACUGGCUGACCAACAGCUCUGAAUUGGCCCAACCCCUCCUCUACCUCUGUUUGGAAGGGGAAUGGAACUGAACUACCCUCUUGGGUGACUGUUUCUUCUAUGUUGUCUUCCUGGGGGAAACUACAAGGGAGAUGUCACAUUUAAGUUUGUUGUUCUUUCUUGCACAUGAUUUUCUUAUGAGUAAUCUAACAUCAGUUUUCCUUGCCCCUUGCAUUUUGUGAACAUAAACUCAAGAACAAAGAAUAUUUGCAUAGGUAAAAUAAAGCUACUUUUUAUUUUGAAGAUAUCUCAUAUGUUAUAGUCACAUAAGCAAAAGUUAUAAGUUCUUGUUGUCAGUAAAGAAGGAAAAGUCGUUCUAAAACUAACCAAGAGAAAUGGUUUCAGCAAAUUAGGGUGAAAAGAGGAACUAUAAAAUAAGGAAAAAAGUGAGUUUUAUAAAAACGCCUCAAUCUAAUGACUCAUUUUCAUUCCCUACCACAAACUUCUUUUUUUAAAAAAGGCAAGACUUAAAUAUUCUUAGUAUCUCAAAAUUAUUAAAACCACAAAAACUUGUAUCAUCUCACCACCACUGAUAUAUAUUUUCACUGAUAUAUAUUUGCUAAAAUUGUUUAUCAGUGUUCAGAAAAUAUCCAAAGGAAUCGUGUUUAAUGCACAUCUUGGAUUUCAUUUACAUUUUUGACCCAUUGUAUUUUCAUGUUGUUAUAAGUGAAAUGUUGAUGCUUCCCCAUGUUAACUGCAGUUUUUCUAGAAAGCAACUACACUAACAAUGAGGGACAUAAAAGGAUCCCAGAAUUGUAAAGUGCAAAUUUUAACAACUGAUGUAACAGCAGUGUUCAUGCACUAUGCAAGUGGGCUUCAGUUAGUAUUAAUCUUAAUGGCAGAGAAAAAGCAAUGCAUCAGUGAUUAUUUCACGUGUACGCCAUUAGUAAAUUGAGAUAAAAAUUAAGAGGAUUAACAUGACUUCAUUCCAUUGCCUCAUAUUAGCAUCUUACAAUACAAUAGUUUAAGACUACAGGAAACAGAUGGAGCUGUUUAUUGAGACAACUGGUGAGGAAUUAUCAUGUGUUCAAUCCCAUUUUAGAGUGUGAAACUCCUACAUUAGAAUAUAUAAAGUCACUUAAAACUAUCUAUAUUUGUAACAGAAGUAGUGUACAGAUAUUUUAUUACAACAUUUUUGUGUAAAUGUAGAAUUAACUUGAAUAAAUAAGAUGUUUCAGUGGUGUGCAAAUAAAAGUAUACAAUUUU